AUGGAUCCCUUUCUAAUUCUGAACCAAAUCGCCUCCACAGGAAAAGCAUUCAAAGAAAAUGAACCCGGUUCACGAGAAGCUCUCAUCGCACAUAGCCGUGCGCUGGUGGCUGCACUUGAAAUCCCAAGUGAAUUUAUCCAGCGCACUUUCUGGGCAGAGCCCAACGAGCAAGCUCAAACUGUGCUACAGCCAGCCCAGUCGGCGAUAAUUCGGCUUGCUGUAGACGUACAUCUAUUCCAGCACCUUCAAGAAGCAGCAUCAGGUCUCAGCCCGGUAGCUCUGUCUGAGAAAACAGGCGUGGAAGUCGACCUCCUGGCCCGUCUUGCGCGGCAUCUAGUUGCCAUGAACGUGCUAGUCUUCCACUCCGGUGCGUUCCACAGCACAGCAUUGAGCAACGCUCUUGCCGAAGAACGAUACCAGCACAGUAUUGUGUGCUGUUAUGAAAACUCGCGGCUAGCGCUGGGCGGGCUGCCGACUUACUUCAAGAAAAAUGCAUACCGGUCUCCGACCCCCGGCGGCACAGAUGGACCCUUUCAGGACGCACAUGGGACAGACUUACGGUUCUUUGACUGGAUUGUUGCCGCGCCGCCACGGCUGCAGCUUUUUGAUUCGUUUAUGAGUGUCUACAGGGCUGGGAAGGCGAAUUGGUUCGAGGAGAAGUUUUAUCCUGUUUCCCAACGGCUGGUUUGUGGGUUUGAUGCGGAGAUUAGUGAUGGUUUGUUGGUUGAUAUCGGUGGUGGACGGGGUCAUGAUGUUACUGCCUUUGUGGCACUUCAUGGAGACCUGCCUGGGAAGGUUGUGCUCCAGGACCGUGAGCCUGUUAUUGCAAGUAUUUUGGAUAGUGCUGAGGGGAGGGUAUUCGAAGUUCAGGCUUAUGACUUCUUCACGCCGCAGCCUGUGAAGGGGGCGAGGGCUUAUUCUUUGCAUUCUAUUUUGCAUGAUUGGUGCGAUGACGAUUGUGUGCGAAUUUUGGAAAAUCUGGUGCCUGCUUUGGUCAGGGGAUAUUCAUGGGUUCUCUUGAAUGAGAUUGUUAUUAGUGAGGAGAAGCCGACGCUGGCGGCGACGAGUAUGGAUAUGAUGAUGUUAUCACAUUUUGCGGUGAGGGAGAGAACAGAGGUGGAGUGGGAGGAGAUUUUGGCGAGAGUUGGUUUGAGAGUUGUUAGGAUAUAUAAUUACCCCGGUGUCGCGGAGAGUCUGAUUGAGGCUCAGUUGGCAUAA